AUGACGACGAUGAUCUCCGAUCUUCCAAUGGAUUUGAUAAAAGAGAUUAUAUCUAGGCUUCCCAUGAAAUCUGUGAGAUUAACUUGCAAAAGUUGGAAUGAUUUAUCCAAAAGUGAGAUCGGUAAAGUAACAAGACGACCAACAAGAGAAGGGGAGACUAUGAUGAUCGCGGUGAUGCGUCACAAACUUUAUCUAAUGAGCGGAUUCUUCGACGGCGUUGAUCCAUCUAUAGAGCAGAGAGGUAGACUUAGGUUCCUUUGCAAUCACAUCAACAUAUAUAGAGUCUAUCACUAUGAGGGUUUAUUGUUAUGCAUCUUGAAAGACGUUACAAGGAUUGUGGUUUGGAAUCCGUAUUGGGGCCAAACAAGGUGGAUCAAACUCAAAUAUACUCAUUGUCCACAAGGAGAUGACAUGUUCAAUUAUUCUCUCGGAUACGAGGAUAAAGAAUCUUGUCGGAGCCUUAAAUUAUUGUGGUUUGUAGAUUUUUUUCAUAGAGCGCCCGAAGAACAAUUUCUUUUGUAUGAAAUCUACGAUUUUGAUACUGGUUUAUGGACAACUCUUGAAGUCGCUCCACACUGGAGAAUAUACUGUUCAAGAAGUAGCGUUUCUCUUAAGGGAAACAGCUACUGGUGUGCGUCAGAAAGGAGCUGCUCAGAAGGUGGCAAUGAUCACAUAAUUUGUUUUGAUUUUACAAGAGAGAGAUUUGGGCCGCUUCUGGCUCUGCCAUCUUGCGUUAGGGAUCGUGAAUAUGAACAUGUGAAUUUAUCUUGUGUUAAAGAAGAGAAGAUUGCAGCUUUAUUUUUGUAUGAAUAUGCUUCUGAGUUUGAGAUAUGGAUUACAACUACGAUUAAAGCCGAGAUGGUGUCGUGGAGCAAGUUCUUGAGAAUUCAUACGGGGCCUAGGAUAAAUUUUCCAGACUGUUUCUUCAUUGAAGAGGAGAAGAAAGUCUUCCUGUGUGUUGGUAGACACCAUGACUAUCCCAAAACUUUUAUUGACAUCAUUGGAGAGGCUGGAGACUUUUAA